AUGGGUACGGUUGUAUCUGAAACCCAGUCUGCUUUUAUUAAGGAUAGGCAAAUUCUUGAUGGUAUCCUUAUUGCAAAUGAAGCCGUCGAUGAAGCUCGCAAGAUGAAGAAAAAAUUGUUAUUGUUUAAGGUUGACUUUGAAAAAGCUUAUGACUCAGUCGAUUGGGGUUAUCUGGAUGAUGUUAUGGGGAGAAUGUCUUUUCCUACCUUGUGGCGGAAGUGGAUGAAAGAAUGUGUAUCUACAGCAACCGCAUCAGUUUUGGUGAAUGGUAGUCCAACAGACGAGUUUCAAUUGCAAAGGGGUCUGCGUCAGGGUGACCCUCUUUCUCCUUUUCUCUUCCUUCUAGCAGCAGAAGGGCUGAAUGUCUUAAUGAAGGCGGCGGUGAAUUUGAAUCUUUUCACCGGUUACUCAAUAGGGGCGCAACAUCCUACUGUCCUUUCCCGUUUACAAUUCGCCGAUGAUACUUUGUUAUUAGGUGUUAAGAAUUGGGCGAAUGUUCGAGCUUUGAAGGCUGUUUUGGUUCUUUUUGAAAACUUGUCAGGGCUGAAGGUUAACUACAAUAAGAGCAGCUUGUUUGGUAUUAACAUAGAGAAUUCGUGGUUGUUAGAAGCAGCUUCUAUUUUGUCGUGCAAAGUGGGUUGUAUUCCUUUCAUUUACCUUGGCCUACCUAUUGGGGGCAACCCUAGACGCUUGUCUUUUUGGGAUCCGGUUAUUCUUCGAUUAAAAUCUAGACUGCCUGAGUGGAAGAGCAAAAAUUUAUCUUAUGGGGGCCGCUUGAUUCUUUUAAAAUCUGUCCUGUCUUCAUUGCCUGUCUACGCUCUUUCCUUUUUCAAAGCUCCCGAGGUUGGUGGUUUGGGGGUUCGGAGAAUAAAAGAAUUUAACUUAGCUCUUCUUGCUAAAUGGUGUUGGAGGUGUUUAGUGGAUAGAGACGGGUUGUGGUUUAGAGUUUUAUUGUCCCGUUAUGGUGAGGAGAGAGGGCGGCCUAGAGAGGGUGGUAGGAUGGGGUCGGCGUGGUGGAAGGAAAUUGUUAAUAUUCGAAAGGGGUUAGGUGUCGAAGGAGGAAGUUGGUUUGAAGCUAAUAUGACAAAACGUCUUGGUAACGGUCGUAACACUUAUUUUUGGCAUGAUUGUUGGGUGGGGAACGAGUCGUUGUUGGAGAGGUUUAGGAGACUUUUUGAUUUAUCAGUUUACCCGGAUAUAACUGUGGGUGCCAUGUUUGCCUUAGGUUGGGGAGAGGAUGGGGAUGCUUGGAGGUGGAGACGUCGUUUGUUUGCCUGGGAGGAGGAAUUAGUGGUGGAGAUUAGGAAUCUGUUGUCUAACAUUACUUUACAGGAAUCUGAGACAGAUGCAUGGCUUUGGCGACCAGAUACUAUAGUUGGAUACACGGUUCGUGGAGCGUAUCAAAUGCUUAUGAGGCAGGAGAUACAUGUUGCUGAUGUUGCUUCGGAUGCACCAUGGCACAAAAAUGUCCCUUUGAAAGUCUCUAUUUGUGCUUGGCGCCUCUUUCGCAAUAGAUGGCCGACAAAGGACAACUUGGUGCGUCGAGGUGUUAUUUCUAAUGAAAAUCAACUUUGCAUUUCAGGAUGUGGUCAACAAGAAACACUUGAUCACUUAAUAAUUCAUUGUAAUUUUUUUGGUGAUCUUUGGAAACUUGUAAAGUCCUGGAUUGGUGUUUAUUCAGUGGAUCCUUCUCAGGUUACGGAUCAUUUCUACCAAUUUAUUUAUUCUUCAGGUGGCUAUGCUCCUCGUCGGUCGUUUUUACAUUUGAUUUGGCUAUGUUGCAUUUGGGUUAUAUGGAAUGAAAGAAAUCAAAGACUCUUUGCGAACAAAACCAAUACGACGAUGCAGCUUUUGGAAAAUGUUAAGAUGUAUUCUCUUCGUUGGUUGAAAGCCAAAAAUAUGUGUUUUCCUUUCUCAAACCUAACUAACCUUUGA